AUGGCCCGCGUUUCCUCCGCAGGACCCAUAGUCGACCAACCAACAGCUACUUCAAGUAGUAAAUCUGCCCCUCCAACACCCCCAAAAACUACGAAAAGGAGAUCAAGGGCUUUUGUGACCUGGGCUCCAUUUCCAGAACAGGGAUGGGAUGACAAUACACCAACGAACGGCAAUGUUCUUGACUUUCGAACAGAGAAACCGGUUUCUCGACGAAUUACACAUACAGAGAAACUCAUAUCACAUUCAUUGCGUGUGGCGUAUGAAGGCAACUGGUCUUUCUCCAAAGUGUUUGCUGACGGUUCAUUUAUGGCGUCUGGCUACAUUCAUUUACCGGUGGGAGGCAGAAAGAGCUCAAAGAGUGUCAAGGACAACACAUACAUAUUCCAUGUUGUUGAAGGUGCUGUGAAUGUCAAGAUACAUGACACGGCUUAUAUCAUAGCUCAGGGAGGGUCUUUCAUGGUUCCGCGAGGGAACGUUUAUUUUAUUGAGAACAUUUGCGAACGGGCAGCAAAGCUCAUGUUUGUACAAGCUAGAGAGGUCACUGCCGGCGAACAAGAUGAUCCUUUACGACUGGUUCGUGGACAACCGCCACCAAGACUAUUUCCCGCACUUCCCAAGUCAAAGCUGUUUAUCCUAGCGGGAUGGGUGAUUGAGCGCUUGCUCAAGCGAUUCACCAAGUAUCGAAGGGUUAUAUUGACCUGGUAUUUGCGGUCUGCGAUGCAAGUGGGGAGAUAUGUUCAAGGACCCAGAGCUUACAAAGCUUACAUGGCAUUCUUUAUUUUGGGUUUCUUGUUCAGGAGUUUAGGGCCGUCGAGGAGUCUGUUGCCUAGGAUCAACGUCCAAGUUAUAAGGGAUUAA